ACAAAGAAUUCUGGAAAUUUGGAUGAGACUUUGGAGAUGGUAACAAGUCAAGACGAUCCACAGCACAUAUAUGAUGGUCAAGAAACACAAGACAAUCAGUCCAACCCACAAGAAGAAGUUGAAGAUGAAAGUGUGGCAGCAGAGAAAGACGUGCCUGAAAUCAGCGGUGCUCCGCAAGAAGUGGAGUAUGCAGACAUUGAUUUUUCCCUAUUGAAAAGAAACAGCAAGUCAGAGAGAAAGCAAGAAAGCACAAAGACGGAGUAUGCUGAAAUUAAGAAAGCAAUAAAAGACAAACGGGAAGAUAAAAUGGUGAAGGGCGAGGAGGAGGAGAUGAUGACAGAGAUGGACCUGAAACAGUCUGAACUAGAAAAGGAGAAAGAGGAAGAUGAGCCAGUGUACUCCACUGUGAAUGAUGUAAUCGACAAAAUUUGAGUUUCAUUGUGGGU